AUGGCGCAUAAUCUCAUUAGCAUUGAAGGAGGCCGUGACGUUGUCGGCGAUGUAUACAUCUCUGGUUCCAAGAAUGCAGGACUACCAAUCAUGGCAGCGUCAAUCCUCACCUUGGGGGAAAGCACGCUGGAAAGAGCCCCCGGGCUGACGGACAUUGAGAAUUUCGCUAGCAUCCUCCGGUACCUCGGUGGAAGCGUCGUCUGGAGGUCUAACUCCCUGCGGAUUGACACGGCGCAUAUGGAAAACCGGGAGUUACCCGCCAGCUUGACACGGCCACUCCGGGCCUCGAUCCUCGCUCUGGGACCCCUUUUGGCCCGUUUCGGGCAUGUAAAGAUCUCACUCCCAGGUGGUUGCACGAUCGGCAAACGUCCAAUCGACGAGCAUAUCAGCGGCCUUGAGAAACUCGGCGCAUGCAUCACACUCACGCAGAUGGCGAUUGAGGCUCGAGUUCCGUGUACCGGGCUGCAGGGCACAGUUCUUCAGCUACGUACACCCACCGUCACUGGGACCAUGAACCUGAUGCUGGCAGCAUGUCGGGCCAGAGGCAUCACGCACAUCCACAACGCCGCGCGAGAACCCGAGGUGGUGGAUCUGUGCCGCUGUCUCAUCAGCAUGGGGAUGGUCAUCCACGGCGAGGGCACAGAGCAUCUAGAAAUUCAUGGAAGGGAUAUCCCACUCCGUCCAUACAACUACCGACUUAUGGAUGACCGGAUCGAAGGCGGGACAUUUCUUAUUCUGGGAGCUAUGGCUGGCAACCCACUUCGGAUCCACGGGUGCCGCGAAGACCACCAGGCCGUACUGAUUCAGAAACUCCGCGCUGUUGGGGCCCAUAUCACCAUCGAGACACCAGCCAUCAUCAUGAUCAUCAAAGCCAGCAACCCCAAAGCCAUAGAUAUCAUGACGGGACCGUACCCGGCUUUUCCUUCCGAUCUUCAACCGCAGCUCAUGACGUUACUGUCCAUCUCACAGGGCGUCAGCCGAAUACACGAAACGGUCUUUGAGCGACGAUUCAACCAUGUAGCGGGUCUACUGGCCAUGGGGGCGAAGAUACAGCAUGUAGGAAAGAAUGCCGUAAUUCACGGCGUUGAAAGACUCGUUGCACGUGCCGUGGCAGCGACAGAUCUCCGGGCAGGAGCCUCUCUGGUGAUAGCUGCGAUAGCUGCGGAAGGUGUCUCAGUUAUUCAAGGAUUGGAGCAUGUAGAUCGCGGGUAUGAACGGUUGGGGGACAAGUUGAGUAGCAUAGGAGUAGUCUUCAACACUGAGGCCGCAGGAUCAAUUGCCGGUCCGAAUUAG